AUGACACAGACCGCGUCGGAUGCGCAAGACGAACAAAAAGUACAUGAACCCCCUACGAAUGGCGAUGACCCUCCAAGAGUGAAUGGCCAGCAUGACGAGGCUGAAGGAGAUGGAGAACCACCUAGUAAAAGGCGUCGAGUCUCAACAACUACGCCGAACUCCAAACAGAGGCCAAAGGACAAACCACCAUCCCCGCCAUGGAAGCAGAUAAAAGCUGAGGGCCUAUCGUCGUUUACACAGGAUGGGAAGAGGAAGUCUGGCAGGACAAAUCACGUACCCCUGGAGCUGCAACCGCCAUCCGAUAAAAGGCAAACACGAGGCGCUGUACAGAAGGAAUACUCGAAAGGCAAGCAUGGAAUCGCGAAUGGACCUACCCCAUCGCUUCAGGCAAGAGAUGCACCCACAACGUCAAUAAAUGGAAUAAAACGACCUGGAUCGUCUAGCACAGCUUCUCAACAUCCCCCGAAGUCUCCCGCCAAACCUGCAUCUCCCAAAAGAUCUCAUCGCAAGUCGAUGCCUAGUGCACAAAUAGCAACUCCAGUACGUUCGCAUAAGAAGUCCUCAACUCCGAAGACUCCGCAAACUGCCCCAGCACAAGCUCGUACAUUCAAGGGCCGUCGGUCAGGGAAAGUCGCAGAGACAUUGGAUGACGAAGGGACCCCUCAACCACAGGCCUCCAAGGCUGAUGAGCAGUCAAUACCAAGCCCAAAAGCCAUUCUUUCACGUAUCAGAUUUCGCGUCAAGUCCGCCACCAUUCCUCUCAUACAUCCUGGACUCGUUCUCCCACGCCACAAGCAAUACGAGACCCUCAAAGACUAUUUCGAUCUUGGAGCAAACAUACGCGUUGAGGAUGGUGGGCUUUAUGAUGCUGACGAACCAUCUGAGUAUAGCUCGGAGCAAAUCAUAAAAGAUUCCGAUGUCAUACUACGGGCAGAGGAAGCUGUCAAACCUGGUGGAGUAUUGAGUGUUGAAAGAUGCUCAGUCUAUCAGCCAGAGGCCACUGAUCAGCUUCCACGGCAAUAUUCGCAUGCUGAUCAUAUGAUCAGAGCUGCUUUCGAAUUUAGAAGACUCAUGUUGAUCGAACAGAAGAAACAUCGUGCAGCUGCAAAACGAGUCGCAGAGGCCUGUGUUACUGAAUGGUAUCGACGGCAACCAAAGACCCUGGCCCAAAUCGAAGCAGAAAAUGAAGAAGCUCGUAGGGCCCAAUACAAGAAGCUCGUAACGAGAACUCUGGAUGCUGUGUUCGAGAAUGUGAAGAUGGAAGUCAAUCGACGGCGAUUAUUGGAAUGGGAAGCACAAGAACAAGCUCGAGUGAGGAAAGCCUUGAGUGAAGCGGUGGACGUGUCAACGCAGAAGCUUCAGGCGCGAAGGUCGCAAAUUGGCUCUGGUGCCGCCACGGACGAAGGUGAGACUGAUGUUUCCGAUGCAUCAGACAAUGAAGAAGGUUCUGUUUCUGAGACAGAGGACGAUCGCGAGAGCAAUAUGUCUGAGUCUGAAUCAGAACCGGACGAAGAACAAGUGAAAGUCGAUGCAGCGGAUGAUGAACAUUUGACUGUUGAGCAACUUCGGGAAAAAUACGCUGCUCUCCCUGGGCCUGACAUUGAUUCGGUCGACGAAGAAAUGGUGGAUGUUGACAGUGAAUCGGGCGUUCCAGACGAACAAGGACCUGGCCUGGAUAUAGAGGAGAAUCUUGAUGAUAGCGAUGAGUCGGUUGACAUGGAUGAUGACAUGGGAUCCAGUGACGAAGACCGUGAAAGCCAUGAAGAUGACGAGGACGGCAGUGACGAGGAGGAGGAUGAAAUGGGAGAAUCUUCACUCCUUGGAUUCCUCGCUCCUUCUGAACUGAAAGCUGUGGAGCUCGGCACUGUUGAGCCAGAACCAGAUACAGCGGUUGAAACAGGUGAUGCAGAUCCUACAGAACUGGCUGGUAUAGAAGAAACUGCGAAUGGUGAAGGCGAGGUGUCCUUCGUUCCGGAUGCCAUUGAAGGCAACGCAUCAGAUUCGACAGUGAAUAGACUCAUCAACGCAGAGGAAUCUGCAAAGCUGACUGAGCAACCGACUGCAUUCGGCGACAAAGAUAGCCUUUCACUUGACCGACCAAAACCUAUGAAGCAGGUUCUAUCCGAAAUGCUUCCUACAAGUCCCGACCGAAGUAGUCAGCCGACCCCAAGAACGACCGACACACGCCCUUCCGAAAGUGAUUCUGCAUCAUCGGUUGAACUUCACCACAGUCGCCAGGUCACUGGAAGUAUCACGCCUCAGCCUAGCAACCAGCUCAAGACCAAGGUCCCAUUCUUACUCAGGGGAACCCUCAGAGAAUAUCAGCACUAUGGUCUGGAUUGGCUAGCUGGCUUGUAUGCCAACAACACAAAUGGAAUUCUCGCGGACGAGAUGGGCUUGGGCAAGACAAUUCAAACCAUUGCCCUAUUGGCUCAUCUUGCCUGUGAGCACGAAGUUUGGGGACCACAUCUGGUCAUCGUGCCCACCAGUGUUAUGUUGAACUGGGAAAUGGAAUUCAAGAAGUGGUGUCCGGGAUUCAAGAUCUUGACGUACUACGGGUCUCAGGAGGAGCGCAAGCGGAAGCGACAAGGCUGGAAGACUGACGAUGCCUGGAAUGUCAUUAUAACAUCUUACCAGCUUGUCAUCCAGGAUCAGCAGGUCUUCAAGCGUCGCCGAUGGCAUUACAUGAUUCUCGACGAGGCUCAUAACAUCAAGAACUUCAAUUCACAGAGAUGGCAAACGAUGUUGAAUUUCAACACCAGAGCACGUCUUUUGAUCACUGGGACACCUCUUCAAAACAACCUGACCGAGUUAUGGUCCUUGCUGUACUUUUUAAUGCCUUCAGAUGGUACCGGCCAGGGAGUUGGAGGAUUUGCGGACUUGAAGGAAUUCCAAGACUGGUUCAAAAAACCCUCGGAACAAAUUCUCGAACACGGCCGCGAGCAGAUGGACGACGAAUCCAAGGGAAUCAUUACUAAGCUUCACAGACUGCUGCGGCCCUAUCUUCUCCGCAGAUUGAAAGCAGAUGUAGAAAAGCAGAUGCCUGCCAAGUACGAGCACGUCGAAUUCUGUCGUUUGUCUAAACGUCAACGCGAGCUCUACGAUGGAUUUCUGAGUCGAGGCGAUACCCGUGACACAUUGUCUGGAGGGAACUACCUCUCCAUAAUCAAUUGCUUAAUGCAAUUGAGAAAGGUCUGCAAUCAUCCUGACCUUUUCGUGGAGCGGGCAAUCAUGACCUCCUUCCCAAUGGAAAAGUCAGCCAUCGCAGAUUUUGAGAUCAAAGAACUACUCGUCCGAAGACGCCUUCUUCGUGAAGAUCCUAUGACCAAAGCCAGCCUAGAAUUCCUGAACCUUGUCCCAACAAAGCACGAACGACUUGCAGGAAAUGUCGCUUCACGCAGCGCUGCGCUCAGUGCUCAGCGCGUACUCAUGGAUAUGCGUGAAGCUCAGCGCCUGAGGGCCCAGAACGCGUUGACAAGUCUUGAUCCGUCUACCGCAAGGGCCAAUCUAAUCUACUUGGAAAGCGCCUCAAGGUGGGGGCGAUUCGAGGAACUUCAGCACUGUGUGUACCUCAACGCCCUCAGACGUCAACAAAAACCUAUUUAUGGAACCCAGCUUCUCAAUCGUCUCACCCUGGAUAUCAACGACCGACCUUUGAAGCCUCGCCCCACGCAGCGGAAACAAAUGAUGACCUGGCUUGAAACCCGCUCGCCGACGUUGAUGUCAAUGAUUCCAACACUAGAAUCUAGGUCCGAAGCUCUAAACACCACCAUCCAGAAAUUCGCCUGUGUAACACCUCCGGUAGUCGCAAGGGAUAUCAAUUCCAUGAUGCUCUCGUCUAAAGGACUAGGCACUGUUCAGAGCUCACUUACCAGCUCCAAAGCCGAUCCAUUCCAUGAGGCUCGUAUGAGAUUAUCCAUACAGUUCCCAGACAAGCGAUUGCUCCAGUACGAUUGUGGUAAACUGCAGACCUUGGCGAAACUUCUUCGCAAGCUAGAGGCUGGAGGUCAUCGGGCCUUGAUAUUCACGCAGAUGACCAAGGUCCUGGAUAUCCUGGAACAGUUUCUUAACAUUCAUGGUCACAAAUAUCUUCGUCUUGAUGGCUCGACGAAGAUCGAACAACGACAAGUACUUACAGAUCGUUUCAACAACGACACCCGCAUUCUUGCAUUUAUCCUAUCAACUAGAUCUGGAGGAUUAGGUAUCAAUCUUACUGGGGCUGAUACUGUCAUUUUCUAUGACCUCGAUUGGAACCCAGCUAUGGAUAAACAAUGCCAGGAUAGAUGCCAUCGUAUUGGCCAGACUCGUGAUGUGCAUAUCUAUCGGUUGGUGUCAGAGCACACAAUUGAAGCCAACAUCCUUCGCAAAGCAAGCCAAAAACAAAUGCUCGACGACGUCGUCAUUCAAGAGGGAGACUUCACAACCGAUUAUUUCAACAAGAUGUCGGUCCGUGACGUUCUUGGCGAGAAUUCAGAGGUGCUCGAUGGGGAUGCUGCCGCGAAUGCAGCCAUGGAUCGCUUGCUAGGGGGUCCUGGAAAUGAAAAGGAUGUGCAAAAGGUCCUUGCACAAGCUGAGGAUCAGGAAGAUGUUGCAGCGGCAAAAGUAGCUGAGCGGGAAAUCGUUCAAACAGAUGCCGCUGACUUUGACGAAAAUGCGACAGCUUCUGCAACCCCAGCAGGAGUUGGAACUCCACGAGAAACUGCGCCUACACCGGGUGGAUCAGGGACCCCAGCCAUUGAAGAAGUAAUGGAGGUAGACAGUGACGACGAGAUGAAUGCAUGGGGUGACCGAGUUCGCUCGACAGACGAGUACUUGCUACGAUUAGUUGCUGAUCAAGUCAAGGACACUCCGCUGGAGCUGCCCAAAGACAAGAGCAAGAGCAAACGAGGAAGGGACCAUCGCUCCCAUCGCGCGCGAUGAUUGGUGGUUUUCGAUUUUGUAUAACAAUAUUUGAGGUUACGAGCCGACUUUGUUUGAGUACGUAGAAUGAGUCAUGUUACAUGACCAUGGGUUGGCGUCGGCGUUGACAAAUACUUUGCAUCACUGGGAGUCGCUCAAGCACAGGCUGUAGCACUGUAUUUGGAAGGUCUGGGCGGAUCGCUCAUCAAGACGAAAAGGACUACUGUACUAUAUACAUAACCGAAAAGCAAUAUGCUGUGAUGAAGAUAACACUUUGCGUCUCAAGUUCCAGCAGUGAAGUAUGGAAGUACAUAUUCUUGUCUAUCAUUACAAUCGUUCUAUUCUUGGCAGUUGCAUAUAUCUAUACUAUUUAACUUCAAAUUCUUUGCAAG